UCUUUCGUUUUUUUAAGUUCACCAGCGUCAACUCGACAAUUGAACCUGGAUCCAGACAUCCUCUGGAUAGAGAAUGAAAUUGUCAAAAACUACGAGUUCAAGAAAGACCCGCAAAAAGAUGAGUGGGUCCAGCAACCGAGUUUUGAAAAAUCCCUAAUUGCAAAAACCAAAGAAUUAACCGCAUUUAAAUCACGUGCUGGAAAGGCUCAGGAAUUUUUUACUCAAACAAAAAACAACGAUUGGGAUCGCUCCAAGAAGAAUAGGAGCUGCAUCAACCUCCUCUACAUAACAGCCGCUAGAUAUCUCUUGGUAACCUAUAUUCUGUACGAAAAGAGCGGCACACGUUUGACUGCUUGUCAAGAAGUCAGAGAUGAUUACGGCAAACUGAUAAGCUUUGUGAUCCCUGAUUCUGGAGUGUGUUUUCCUAAGCCUUACGGAAGCGCCACUUGUAAAUCAGACUACGACGUUGGGUUGAUUGGUAAAGAUGCUGGUUUUCUGACGAAGAAGUUUAACGACUUUUUUGAAAUUACUUUUGGAAAACCGUCAGAGCUUGUUUUUGAUACAAAUGUUUACGCGUUCACACUGGAGUUUGCAAUGCCCUCCAUAUUUCAAAAGCUCUCACCUGAGUUUACUAAGUCUCUAGCACAAAAGGAGAAAACAGUGAAUUUCAAAAUGCAGGACUUGGCCAGUGCUUACUACAAGGUCUUCAAGUAUAACGAAGGAUUCUUCGACGCCUUGACGAGUGGAGCUAUUAAUGAAAUGGGUCAAAGAUUCAAAGACUCGCUGAACUCUUGGCUGGCGGCAUUCCAGAAUUUGGAUAAUCAAAGCCGAAUGAGACACCUUGAAGGCAAAUCCCUCAAAGACUUUAGAAAAACUCAUAACGAACAGUACCAAUUGCGCGUGGAAACAAUGUCAAACAAUGGCGGAUACAAAGCAAAAAAUUUAGGUAAUUUUUAAAAGUAUACAGUCGAACCUCCAAUAACGGCCACCUCUCUACAACGGCCUCUUUCUCCUGUCCUCAAGGUUGCAGUUGUGGAGAGGUUUCCACUGUCAUUGCAUUCUUUUACCAAUGUGCUCGUCAGGAUACGUGGGGGAGGGGAGGGUAGAGUUUUCCUCCGCGGUCUCGCUUCAGAGAUGAUUGGUUAUUGAGCAGGUUAUUUCCUUGUUUAAAAAAUCGCGGACAAGAUAAACUGAUUAUAAUAAACAUAAACAUAACUUUAUUUAAGUGUCGAUGUCUUUAGCUUAUAAAAGCUAAUUGGAGACACUAAAAUAAUAGGAAAAAAUAAACAAAUAUAUAUCUAAAUGAGUUUAUAUAUGUUAUCAUUAGGUAAAUUUAUGAUUCUCUAAAAUUUAAAAUUUAUAAAAAGUUAAAAGUUAAAAUAUUACAGAAUUAUCCCCACUAAAAUAUACAGAAAAUGCUAAAAAUAUUUCUAAAAAUUUCCAAGAACUACAUUGCACAAAUAAGGCAAGAGCCACAGUUGUCACUUAUAAGAUCCACAAGGUUAAUACGCCAUAUGCUGGACUUAAAGGAUUGUAGCUAUGGUAGGUUUGUCCUUGAUUUUGCUGUCUUAUCUAGACAAAAUAUCUGGUCCAAAGUACCUUAUAGAAUGUUUCCCGUAAUUAACGUACACUAUUAAAUCUGGGUAAAUGAAAAUCCACAUUUCUUACGUGCUAUUUGGAUGACUUAACACCAAACCAUAUUCAACUUUAUACUUAAGGUAGCAAGAUCUUGUAAACGCCUAUUUUGUAGGCCAGGUAGAUUGGCGCAGUUAAGACGAUGAGAGUUCUCUACUAAGUGUGUUACACACAAUCCUAAGGGCCCGCUCCUGCGGGCCACUAUUCACCUCCCCUUCGGGGGAUAGUUGAAUAUUAUUCAUGAAGUUUCGUAUCCUAGGUCUUCUCGCUGAGGCCUUACUCUACGCAGCAGAGGCAUAUCACACCCGCGGCGCCAUACGACAUGUAGUGGGAGGAAUGCAGCUAAAAGUAAUGGGUAGACUUGUACAACACAACAAUCCACUCUCAACUCACGACUUGUGGGUGUCAAUGAUUGAAAACUGGGGAGAAUCCAACAAAGAAUACAACCACUGCAAUCAGGACCCUGUUCCCACUCUGAACAAAUGCUUCCUCAAGAUGAGUAAAUACCUUUCAAGGAUGUUCAACGCGAUGAGACUGCUCCGUACCCGCGUACCACCCAACGACAGAUUUACACUGUUAGAUUUUGGUGAUCCUAAGGACCCUGAAUACGCUUCGCUCAUGUGGCUGCGAUACAAAAAGGAAGGAAAGACGGAGAUUCCUGAAGACACAAACAACAGGAUCCGACUCUUCUUGGACAAGUUUAAAUGUCAAGUAGCAGCUAAAACACAAAAUUUGGGAUCCAUAAAACUCUCCCCGGAGUGUUUAGGCAAUAUACAAAAGAAUGUAAAUCUUUACAAUGUGAAGUUGGCAGGUGCACUUACGCAGGGCUGA